ACCCGAUGGCUCCCGAUUCAAAUUCCGGCGACCUAAUCUCCGACUACAGCCUCACCCAACGUAUCGUCCUUCUAAUUGACCUACACCCACUCCUCCAUCUCCAAGACCCAACCCCAUUCCUCACCUCUCUCCUCUCCUCCGUCAAAACCCUAACCUCCUUCCCUCCUCUCUCUUUCUCUCUCUUCGCCGUCCGCCUCUUCUUCUCCUCACUCUCUCCUCUCCAAUCCUCCUUCAAGCUCCCUUCCUCGUCUCUCUCGCUCUCCUUCAACUCGCCGGAGUCCACUUACCUCUCGCUCUCUGAAACCCUCGACUCUCUCUCGUUUGACCGGAAAUCGACCGGAUUCGGUCCGCCGCGGGCGAAGCUCGUCGCGGCGGCGAUGCGGCAGCUGCUGCACGACUACGCCUGGGAGCCGGCGAUCUUCGGCGACUCUUCGGCGGCGACCGGUAUGCUCUCGAAUUCUGAUGCUUUGAGGUCUAAUUUGGUUGUGCUGUUUUCCGCGUUGAAAUGUAUGAAAUCUGUGUGUGAGUUUAUGAGUGAUGCGAGUUUGGUGGAUUUGAGUGAGUUUUCUGAGAGAUUUCGAGGUGUUUUCGGCAAUGUGGAUGAGGCAUUUGUGUGUAGAGAUGUUCAAUUGAGCUGGAUUGAUGUGAGGUAUGAGUUCGAUUGCGGUGAGGAUGAGGUUGGAUUGAGGUGUGGUGUUUUUGAGAAGGGGAUAAGGAGUUUGGGGUGGGGGUUUUGUUCAUCUGAUUCGAUUGUGCUUGGUUCGGCUCUUGUACCUUUCGGUUUGAUUUAUCCGGAGAUUGGUGUGUCGUCUAAGCUUUUCGGAUGUAAUGAUCGCUGUAGGAAAGCUAGAGCACAGUUUAGUCUUGAGAUAUCGGAUGUAAAGGGGAUGCCGUUGGAGUGUAAGCUUUGUGAUCUUGAGUUGGCGGAUAUGAGAAUGUUGCGUCAAAGUAGAGGUGAUGAUGGUUUGUUUUUGGGGGAAAGCAUGAGCUCGCAGACUAGAGGUUGUGAGGUGAAGAGAAGGUUUUGGGGAAGCGUUGGCGAUGGAGUGACGAAGAUUCAGGUUAAGGCUUUGCAGAAGAAAAGUGAGUUUGUGAAGUUCAAGGGGGAGCUGUCGGAUCCGAUUCUUGUCUGUGAAGCUUCGGGAAAAGAUGGAAAAGAAGGUUCUGCUGGUUUUUUUGUUGAUAAGGUUCUUGAAAUGCUAUCAGUGGAGUUGGGUGAGUAUGGACCGCAGAAGUUAGCACCUGUUUGGCAGAUUCUCUUGAGUUUUUUAUACAGGGAGAGUUGCUGCGCACUUGUGUCUAUUUCAAAUGAUAGUGGUGUUUCAUAUACCGGAUUCCUCAAGCCUUUUACAGCUUCUUCAGGCCUUCUGUUUAUUCUGGAUGAAGGAUCUCACCCUCACAAAAAAGUGCUUGGUGUUAGUGCCCUCAGUGAGGGCCAACCUUGUCCUAAGCUGAACAGUGAGAUGUGUAAACCUGAUGCUGAAUUGAACAACUUGUGCGGGUUGCAAACUGGGCCUUCUCCAUCUAAGAAGCAUUCUGCAGAGAUUGAUAGAAAGAAGAAAUGUAGAAGAAGAAGUUCACAUUCACUCAAAGAUCUCACCUGGAGUGGUUUCUGUAAGGCAGCAUUUGAAUAUUCUGACUUACAUUUGGAAGAAAUUUACUUUACCAGGCAAUGUAGCAGCUCAAAAAAGUUGAAAUUUCUGAAAUGCUGGAUGAAACAGAUUAAAAAAUUGAAGUAUUCAAUAAGGGAUGAGUCUAAGGUGCACCACGAAAUCCAAAAGGAGAUGGACAAUAGGUUGGAUGUGUUGCACCAAGGGAGCGAACAACCAAUGUCAUCAUGCGGUUCAGUUGGAGAAAAUUCUUUGAGUGAGGCUUUUGGAGUACAGGAUGAAGCUGCUCAGGAGUAUAUAUUAGAAACCUCAGAAGCUUUUUUCAGCAAUUUGUGCAAUAAGAUUCAACAAGGGGUUGAAUCUAAAGAAGUAGACUUGUGGGCUUUCGCACAUCGGCUUGUGUGUCAAUCUGUAUAUUUCUUGAAUCAGAAGCCUAGCACAACAGCCCCUUCAGAGAAUCAAACUCCAGAAAAAUCUGACAUUCUAGAUGAUUUGGUUACUGCUGGCCUGUUGAAAGCAUUAGUUAGAGAUCCAAAGGAUAUGGCUGCAAGGCACAAAAUCUAUGAGUCAUCUUUUCAAGCAUCUGGUCCAGGAUCUGAAGGAAUUACUUCAGAAAUAAAAGUUCGAGAAUAUGAAUUACAGAUACUUUUCCGGAUGGAGAUUUUACAAUCAGAAGUUGGAUCAACCAUCAAGGAUUCUGCAAAACAGAAAUUUGUGAAACAUAUUUGCACACUUUUGGAGAGCAUUUGUGAUUGGUGUCAUCUGGAAGGAGGCUUCUUUGGUGACUGGACCCUAGAAAAUUAUGCUGGAAAGAUUAUAAAAAGCAGGUACUGUCAGACUCUUAAGGAUGUGGUUCAUAAAAUCUACACAAAAAUGGAUCUGUUUCUGUUUGAUGAUGAGGACGAACCCCCUAAUAAUUUAUUCAACAGCGACGAUAGCAAUCAAUCAUACAGAGAAUUACCAGGGGAUUAUGAGGUGGAUGAAAAUAGUAGAAUCAAGGAAUUAGCAUCAGCAGAUAAUGAAUCCCCUGAUCCGCAGAAUCAUAACAAUGAAAGAUCAAGUGCUCAAGUGGGUGAAGAAAAGGAGCAAGCUCACAAGUUGAUGAAAGCUCAAAAAAAGAGAGAGAGGGCUAGGAGAUUUGCUUCUUUUACAAGUAGUUUAGCUUGUUUGCGCCGAGUUAGUGCCCCAAAACAGCCGAAGGCGUUCAGGCCAAAAUUUAAUUCUCUUCCAAAGCCAGCUAAGAGGAAGGAGCAUGCAGAUUCCUAUUGUGAGAGAGUGUUAGAAACUCCAAUGACAGAAAAUAAACGAAUCCGCAUCGAUGAUGAAGAUUACCGAGACAAUGGCAGCCGUUUAAUUUCUAAAUCAUUGUUUCAGGAUGACUAGUAACUGUUGCUGUAGCCUCUACUUAAGGUGCAACGGCACUGAACUAUUCCCAGGUAUAUGCCAAAUAAUCUCUGGAAGCUAAUAGGAAGUUUACGUGAGGUUGCUAAUCAUAAGCAUUUCUACUGUUUGAUGAAGAAAAACUAAAAAACAUGAAAAAUGUAAUUUAAUUUUGUUAACUCAAGUAGUGUACUGAUUUGCUGUAAAUGAUACGAACUGAAUUUUACUUGAUAGUGACAUUAAACGGUAAGUGUUUUAUCUCAGCCUGUGGUUUGUCUGCUCAGUCCAGGCUAAUACACUUCUGAAAAAUUGAGCUCUAAUAUGAAGCAGAAGAUGCGUUGCUCGUUUUUCCUGCUUGUUA